UCUUCCAUAACACACUCCCCGGUUUUCUCAAACCUGUUUGCCCUAGAUCCAUGGCUUCCAUGUCAGAACCUUGUAUCUCUGGCUGAAUUUCAAUGCUGCAUUGAACUCUCUUUUUUCAUUUUCUUGCAGGGAAAUCCUUCAGGAGCUCUAUAUUCAAGGUAACCAACCAUUGCCUUGGCAAUCCAGUUUCACAAGGUUCUGAGGGUCUUGCUAUUGUUGUAAAUUUGCAACUUUUGAUGACUCCUGGACUAGGAAUUAGCAGGCAUUCACUGGAAAAAUUCUUCUGAUGUGCAGAGAACUCUCAUUUUAAGUUAUCAUUGUUUUUGCUUCAAGUGGUUAGAGGAUAAAGUAAUGAUUUUUAUAGGUCUAAUUUGUUGAAUUUGAUGGUUCUACUGCUUGCUGGAGUUUACAUCUUAUUGGGUUUUUGUUGAUUGGUUUUGUCUGCUGUCUGCUGAUUUGUGACCAAAUUUGAUAAAUGAGACUAUUUUACCUAAUAUUACAUACUUUUAUUUGUGACAUUUGAGAAGAGAGUUGUAGCAGAGUUUGUUGUUAGUGAAGAAGGGGAUAAUAAGAUAGAAUAUUGGAAUGGAAAUGCAGUUCAAGGGGUGAACAUUGAGAUUGGAGUGUGGUUUUGUUUGUGGGGGAGGGUGGUUAGUGGCUUGUGUGCAUAAUGGGUUGCAUACUUUGUAAGUCUUCUGCCAUUGAGGAUAGCAAGGAUAGCCCAAGGGAACCUUUAUCAAACAAGGCUGUGCUGGACUCACGCGUGUCUAGGGGAACUUCAUCAAAGAGGGAGGAAGGGUAUCGGGUAAAGGAUCGAUAUGGUAGCAAUAAUGGGAGAGUUGCGUUGAUUGAUAAGCAAGGGCGAGGAAAUGGCUCUCUUCGAGUGCAAGGCGGUCAAUUUGAAAGGAAUAGGGAGAAAAUGGAAUAUGCUGUUGUUCGAAAUCCAGGGAUUGGUAGUGUUCCCAAAGCCUUGGAAGGGGAGCAGGUUGCAGCUGGGUGGCCCUCAUGGCUAGCAGCAGUGGCGGGAGAGGCUAUCAAGGGAUGGGUGCCACGGCGUGCCGAAUCGUUUGAGAGAUUGGAUAAAAUUGGUCAAGGAACUUAUAGUAAUGUUUAUAGAGCUCGUGAUCUUGAACAAAACAAGAUUGUUGCUUUGAAAAAAGUGAGGUUUGAUAAUCUUCAGCCUGAGAGUGUUCGCUUCAUGGCAAGGGAAAUUCACAUUCUGCGUAGGCUUGAUCAUCCAAAUGUCAUAAAACUGGAAGCCCUGGUUACUUCAAGGAUGUCAUGCAGCUUAUACCUUGUUUUUGAAUACAUGGAGCAUGAUUUGGCUGGGCUCGCAUCACAUACUGGGAUGAAGUUUACAGAAGCACAGGUGAAAUGUUACAUGCAGCAACUUUUACGUGGACUUGAUCACUGCCAUAGCUGUGGUGUACUGCAUCGUGACAUUAAGGGUCCCAAUCUUUUGAUUGACAACAAUGGUAUCUUGAAAAUUGCAGACUUUGGUUUGGCAAGCUUUUUCGAUCCCAAUCAAAUUCAGCCACUGACAAGCCGAGUUGUCACUCUUUGGUAUAGGCCGCCAGAGCUUUUACUUGGAGCUACUUACUAUGGCACUGCUGUCGAUUUAUGGAGUACAGGUUGCAUACUUGCAGAGAUGUAUGCUGGAAAACCUAUAAUGCCUGGUAGAACUGAGGUGGAGCAAUUACAUAAAAUUUUCAAACUUUGUGGCUCACCUUCUGAGGACUAUUGGAGAAAAUCAAAGUUGCCUCAUGCAACAAUAUUUAAGCCUCAACAACCCUAUAGGCGCUGUGUUGCUGAAAUAUUCAAGGAGCUUCCUGCACCUGCAAUAAAACUGAUAGAGACCCUUUUGUCCGUAGAUCCUUCUGAUCGUGGAACUUCAGCAUCUGCUUUGAAGAGUGAGUUCUUCUCAACGAAGCCUCUACCUUGUGAUCCUUCAAGCUUGCCAAAGUAUCCUCCUAGCAAAGAAUUUGAUGCCAAAGUACGGGAUGAAGAAGCUAGAAGACAAGUAGCAGAAGGAUGCGAGGCUCAGAGACAUGAUCCUGAGAGAAGAGGAGCAAGAGAAUCUCGAGCCAUUCCUGCACCUGAUGCCAAUGCUGAACUGGUCUUGUCAAUGCAGAAGAGACAAGGGAAAACUUAUUCACAAAGCAGGAGUGAGAAGUUCAACCCUCAUCCUGAAGAAGUUGCAUCUGGAUUUCCCAUUGACCCCCCUAGACCAUCACAAGCUGUGGAAGUAAGUCGGGAUUCCCAGGUGCAUCAACAUAAAAGGGCCUCCCAUUCAGGUCCGCUGAAUCACCGCAAUGUUGCUCCAAAGAUUUCAAUGGGGGGUGACUUACCAACAAGCUCAGGCUUAGUUGCAUCCAGGAGGAGUAUGUUGUCUGACAAUCGCGGAGAAACGUCUGGAUUGUCACAAGCAGAGGCUCCUAAACUAAUAACCUGGUUCCCAGGAUCCUUCAAGGACGCCUCUGAACCAUUGACGCGACAGGAUCAGAAGCAUCAUGGACAUGCUCCUCAGAAGGAAGAAGGGAGAUGCAGUAACCAAGACCCAAAUCUUGUUGGUUAUGGGUCCAAGGGUUAUAAAAUUCAUUAUUCUGGUCCAUUGCUAGUUCCAUCUAGCAACACGGAUCAGAUGUUGAAAGACCAUGACCGCCAAAUUCAGGAGGCGGGUAGAAGAGCUCGACUGGAGAAGGCAAGAAUGAGAAGACUUCAAGCUCAGGGGAACGACAUAACCAAUAUUUUAUUUGUUUCUGGUCGUUGAGCUGCAGAGCCUGAUUGAGCAAAGCAUCAGUAUUUUUUCCAUUUUGCUUGUACAGCGAGUAAGUAUCCCUUGCAUAAAUGCUCCCUUCCACUUAAUCACAUCUAUUUUCUUUCCACCUAUAUCUGCAAUUUAUUUCGAUAUUCUUGUAAAGCUCAUCAGCUUGAAGCUGCAUAAUACUAGGGGACAAUGUCUUUCUUAUGUUUAACUUAUGAUAGAGUAAUAUCAAUUUGAAGAUGGUUAUUUAUUGUA